UACUUCCUAUUUCGAUACCGUGUUUUUCCAAUUUAUGCGUUUCUGCAGUCCGUUUUCCAAAGAGUCCUCAAGUGAGCACAAAAAAUAUUUCCAAUUUCGUAGUCAGUUAAGCUCUUGGGUGUCUACAUCGCGGCAGCACUGCUCAAGCUCAAGCAUGAAAGUGUUGAGCUAUUUAAUUAUCGAUCCUUCCGGAGCCGGGACCCAAGUCUAUAUAUAGUUCUCCACUUAACAAAGAACUGUCACUAGUACUAAUCACCAACUCAGGAAGGGGGGCCUGCAAAACUUUGGCCCUGAAUCUAACCUCCUGCCAUCUCCACUGCCCAUUGGCUCCCUGGCAACCGUUGUCUUCCCAAAUCUUGGCACUAGAUUGGUACACUCAAAGUGGGCAUUACUCAUGGGGAUCAUCAAUUGGGGGCGGAGCAGAUUCAGUGCGAAAAGGGAGAGCAGAGGAUUCGAUGUUGGUGUCCCAGAAGAGCAAUGGCGCCCUGAAGAGGACCAGGAGACGGGCGGUCUCCUCUCCAUCGGCACGUUCGGGGAGAAGAAGGACGCCAAGCCGACGACGUUAGACCAGCUGCCGGAGUUCACCAUCGAGGAGGCGGAGAAGCUCCAGGACGCCCUGGAGAAGCUCCUCCUACGCGCCCGGUCCAAGUCCAGUGCCCGCAGAGGCGAUGACAGCCUCAGCCUGCCGUUGGACAGAUCCCUCAACUGCCCGUCUAGCCUAGAGGUGGACAGGAGAGUACUGCGGCAGAAGCAUGACGACGAAGGCGGCGACACCAAGAUCGUCCUGACCAUGGCCAAAGACCUGCUAGCCAGCUGCAGCGGCAGUAACAGAAACAACAAAGGUGCCGGCAUCAAGAACAACUCCUUCAAGUUCCUCCUCAGGAAAAUGUUGGUUUGCAACGGCGGCUUCGCGCCAGCUCCGAGCAUGAAGGAUCCGGUGGAAUCAAGGAUGGACAAGUUUUUCCGGACGGUGCUCGGCAGGAAGAUCAACGUCCGGCCGACCAAUGCCACGGCGGCGAAGAAGUAUUGCUUGGAGGAUAAAAGGUUCAACGGAAAGUCAAGAGGCGGUCACUGUCGUGAUGAAGAUGGCGAUGGCGAUGGCGAGAAGGAAGAAGAUUGCUGCAGAUGGGACAGAACAGAUUCCGAAUUCAUCGUUCUGGAGAUAUGAAGGGAGGGGGAAGCAACUUGCAUCACAAAGGGUCAAAGAGAUUUCUUUCUGAAGAACACCGAGAGAAGUAUGAUGCUCCAAUGAACGAUGAUUAGAAGCUACGGCACCGUUUGGAGACCGGUAACUUUCCCGUGCUCCUGCAGGAAUUGAAGUGCUUCCCAAGGGGUUUACGGAAAUUCUUGCACCUGAUGAUCUCCUUGAAUCAUGUAAAUAUUGUAAUUAUUGUUGGCGUCCUAAUGAACUGGCGCCAGUUUUCUUGGGAAAAAGAAAUAGUGAAAGGUCAUUGCUUGUGUGGAAA